CUCCCCUUACGAAUCUCCGCCAGCUGCUGAUCCAUCUGAGGAGCAAGCUUCAUGAGAGGAGCACAGCAGCAAGACUCAGACGAUUGCCCGACAUGUCGGCGAGAGUGCUGUUUGGCGUCGGCAUCAUUAUCCUCGUGCAUCUCGCGGCAUCUCGUGAGGCCACCACGCUGCGAGGGGCUGACGACCAUGCCUUCGGUGCCCAACCUGGGCAGGAGUUCCCGCUGUUGCUUUUCCGGAGCGAGUGGGACACGAAAAGCCGUCCCAGCAACCUCUAUAUUCGGGUGGAGGGCAGAUGGAGGACCGUCUCCGCCGCCAACAAGACCUGUCUGACAUUUCGGCCCGUCAGAGGCGACAGGCCAGUCCCUCAGAGGAGACGGCUGGCCGGCAGAGAGGACGCCACAGACGCUUACCUCUUCCCUGACUCGUGCGACGACGCUUUUCGGCGGGCGGGGAGUGCUGCUGGUAACGGUUCCGAGUGGCCUGUGGUGUGUCAUCCCGACCUGCGCCACAGCAGCAUCCAUGGCCAUCUCGCCUUCCGGCUGCCCGCGGCGGUGCUGAUAUGGCUGGGCAACCUGACCAUCCCCGAACGCAUCCCCGAUGAGAGACCCACCCUCCCGCCCCACAACGACUCGGAUGGCCAUGAAGAGCCCACAGUGUCCAUCCCUGAGCCGGCGGACAACAGCUCCGCCCCGCCCAGGCCGAUCAACAAAGCAGCUGCGCCGAUAUGCGUCCCGGACACCGAGGGCGUCACUCACUGCAGCCCCCUGGGCGAGGAGGAGGGGGACCAGCCGUCGAGUGAUGUUGAGCCGCCAUCCCCGUCCCCUCCUCUCCCCCUGCCCGUCCUCCCCUUCCCCGUCCUCCCCUUCCCCGUCCUCCCCUUCCCCGUCCCCCCCGUGUCGCACAUUUCUGUGUGCUACCGAGACGAAGAGGAGGCCAACGGCGCUGUCGACGUUGGACCCCUCGUCUUCCACGACCGUAAGAAAGACCGACUGGCCAGGCCGACACACAAACAUACAUGGAAUGAGUGCCAUCCAUCCAUUUGGUUUUGCGUGUGGGUAUGUACAGCUCCCGUGGUGCAGCCGCCGCUGGUGGGUGGGCAGCGGGUCCCCGUGAGGAUAUUCCUCAACCCUGGGUGGGAACUGGCCCUCACGAUACGUACGUACGCACAGGCAUUCACUACACAACCACGUCAUUUCUGGCAUGUGAGCCACCGAGGGAGGCCUGUGCGUAUCCGUGUGUGGUUGGUUGGUUGGGUGGUUGGUUGACACACAGGAGGUCAGAGUUUCUCUCAGCACAACAUCAUCGCUCUCAAGGAGCGGAUGUGGAACUGCAAGGGCUUCGCUGAUGAGAAUGUCUUCCACGCAGCCACACGCCCCAAGCUGGCCGAGAAGUAUAAUCGCCAAGCGACCUUCGGGUACGCACAGGAGAACGAGAAAGGAGGACAGACAGAGGAGAAACCGCCCGGAUUGCAUUGGAUGUGUGUUGCGGUGCGGCGUGUGGUGUGGUGUGUGCAGGUUCAGCCAGGACUACCGUGUGUACCACGGUGAGCUCAAGAGGUGGCGCCACAGGUUCCAGCACAUGCAGUGGUUUGAGGUCUGCUUCUACGCCGACCACAACCAGCUCAACGGCACCGUGGCAGGCGAAGUCGAAUUCCUCAUGGGUCCGUACCAACCAACGAAUGCCUGCACAGCACGCCACAGCACACCACAGUAGAGUGACUCCAUCCAUUCGUGCAGUGCAGGCAUGGGAUGGGUGCGGCUGUUGUCUCUCUGCUCUGUGGUCAGACCACCGCGACGCUGCCGAGCUGGUUGGGUUCAUCAUGUUUGCGAUUAUGGGUGUGCCCUUCUUGUGUGGCGCGACGCUGGCCUGCUAUGCAUUCAAGCACAGGCGACUGCGGCGGCGGCACAGACGCGUAUUUCUCGUCCAGCAACAGGACCGCAUAGAGGCCCGUCUUCUACGGGCCCUUGGCCUGCCCGAGUAUGAAGGAGCCGAGGCCAGCGAAAGCGGGACUACCAAUGCCAGCUGACUGACUCACAAGAGGGCGGGGCGGAGUGACCGAUGGCUGGCUGGAACAAACGAAGCUCUGCUGGCAAGGGCUGCGCACAUGAGGCAGGCAUUCAGGAAGCCAGUACGUACGUACUUGUGAGACGUGCAUUUGAUCGGGGCUUGAUACAUGUCAGGCAGGUCGGUCUUACAUCACUCACGGGACGGACAGUACGUACGCAUCACGUUGAUGUCAGCUAAGAGUGUACAUUACUUGCUUACUCGUUCAUGCAU